AUACCGAAUACUGCUCUGCUAUAGUGGUGAGUUCUUUUGAAAAUCAAAUCCAGUGAAGAACAGGAAACUAUUACUGAAGAAUAAGAAACUUGCAAUUGGACAACGGAAGAUCCCCAAGAGGAGAAGAAAAAGAAAAAGGAGAGAUGACGAUGGAUAGCAGUGAAGAAGAAGAUGACUUCCCAUCCAUUGAAACCGUCACACCUCAGUCCAAGAUCGACUCCCUCCACCAGUCCUUCACCGAAAAGGGAAUCCGAAAUCUUUGUUGUGAGCUGUUGGAUUUGAAGGAUGCAGUUGAAAACUUAUGUGGAAAUAUGCAUACAAAAUACUUGGCAUUCUUGAGACUAUCUGAAGAAGUUGUAGAAAUGAAACAUGAACUAAUAGAGCUGCGAAAACAUAUUUCUGCCCAAGGGAUUCUUGUGCAAGAUUUGAUGACUGGUGUAUGUUGUGAAUUGGAAGAAUGGAAACAAGCUAAUAACGGAGGUAUUGAUGAAACUCAGCAAGAACCUCAAAUUUGUGAAGUUCAGGAUCCACCGCCAAAUGAAGCAGAUGAUCUGAAGAUGAUGUUCUUGGAAAAGAUUGAUGUUCUCUUGGCUGAACAUAAGAUUGAUGAAGCAUUAGAAGUCAUGGAUGCUGAAGAGAAAAAUUCCCCAGAGCUGAAAGGCUCAGGAGAUACUUCAUCAACAGAAGCAUCCUUGUACAAGUCUGCCUUUCUGAAAAGGAAGGCAAUGCUUGAAGAUCAGUUGGUUGGGAUUGUUGAACAGCCUUCAGUAGGAAAUCUUGAAAUGAAGAAGGCGUUAACUAGUUUAAUCAAACUUGGGAAGGGACCUUUGGCACAUCAAUUGCUGCUAAAGUGCUAUGGCUCACGUCUCCAAAAGAGCAUUGAGGUUUUUCUUCCUUCAUGUUCUGUCUGUCCCAGAACAUUUCCAGCCACACUGUCUAGGCUUUUGUUUUCUAUUAUCUCAUUAACCACAAAGGAAUCCAGUCUGAUAUUUGGUGACGAUCCCAUAUACACCAAUCGAAUUGUUCAAUGGGCAGAGUGGGAAAUUGAAUAUUUUGUACGGCUGGUGAAAGAGAACUCACCAUCUGCGGAGACAGUUUCAGCAGUACGUGCAGCCAGUAUUUGUGUUCAUGAUAGUCUUAAUUACUGCUCAAUGUUGGAAUCACAAGGCUUGAAAUUGGCAAAGCUACUUUUGGUGCUUUUGCGACCAUACAUUGAUGAAGUCUUGGAGUUGAAUUUUAGACGGGCAAGAAGGGCAGCCUUAGACUUAACUGAAAUUGAUGGGAGCUUGCCAUUGUCACCACAUUUUGUUUCUCCAUUAUCUAUAUUUGCAAUAGCUUCGGAUGGUGUGCUUGUUGAUAGUGGAAUCAGAUUUAUGCAAAUCAUUCAAGAUAUACUGGAGCAGUUAACCCCACUGGUGGUUUUGCAUUUUGGAGGAAAUAUUUUGACAAGAAUCUCUCAACUUUUUGAUAAAUAUAUGGAUGUGCUGAUUAAAGGUCUACCUGGCCCCUCUGAUGAUGAGAGUCUUGUAGAGCUGAAGGAGCCCAUAUUGUUUAGAGCAGAAACAGAUUCAGAACAGCUUGCCCUUUUGGGAAUAGCAUUUACAAUUGUAGAUGAACUUUUACCAAAUGCUGUUGUGAAAGUUUGGAAUCCAAAGAAUGAAAGCGAUGAACAAAGUGAAGCCAUUUUACCUAAUGGUUCCACUCCGGAACUGAAGGAAUGGAAGCGCCAUCUUCAGCAUUCAUUUGACAAGCUCCGUGAUCAUUUUUGUCGACAAUAUGUUCUGAGUUUUAUUUAUUCAAGAGAAGGCAAAACAAGAUUAAAUGCUAAAAUUUAUUUGACUGGGGAUGGGGAAGAUUAUUGGGACUCUGAUCAUCUACCUUCACUACCAUUUCAGGCAUUAUUUGCAAAGCUGCAGCAGUUAGCAACUGUGGCUGGAGAUGUGCUACUUGGUAAAGAGAAAUUACAGAAAAUUUUACUUGCUAGACUAACAGAGACAGUGGUGAUGUGGUUGUCUGAUGAACAAGAAUUCUGGGGUGUGUUUGAGGAUCAGUCAGCCCCGCUUCAGGCUCUUGGAUUGCAGCAGUUAAUUCUUGACAUGCACUUCACCGUUGAAAUUGCACGUUUUGCGGGUUACCCGUCUCGCCAUGUACACCACAUUGCUUCAGCAAUAAUUGCUCGGGCAAUUAGGACAUUUUCUUCUAGAAGUGUGGAUCCACAAAGUGCACUUCCAGAGGAUGAAUGGUUUGUGGAAACUGCUAAGUCUGCAAUAAAUAAACUUCUACUAGGGACAUCUGGUUCGGAUGCAUCAGAAAUUGAUGAUGAUCACAUAGUUAUACAUGAUGACGUAGUCUGCGAUUCAGACGAAACUGCUUCUUCCCUCUCAUCAGUAGAAUCAUUUGAAUCUUUUGCUUCUGCAAGCAUGGCUGAACUGGAAAGUCCAGGAGAUUCAACCGAUCCAGAGGGCUGAAACUUGAUUUUGACGUCCUGAUUCCAAUUCCCAUUCAAGGUGAAAGGGGUCUAGAUUUUGAUUUUGUAGAUUCAGGUCUUAAUGUACAACUAAUAGAAUCAUGCAAAGGAAAUGUUGUAUUUAAGUAAAUCUUGUAUUAUUCUCAGAUGAAAGUAGAUUUAAACAAAUUCAAGAUGGUCACUCUCCUUCCUCUUCA